CUUGGUUUCGUUUCCAUGUCAUGGCCAUGAAGUACGAUUUUAGACGCACUAGAGUAUGAAAUCAUUGUGUAAUUUGCUUCCCCCGUUGAAAAUCCUCGACCAUGCCCCUUAGCGAUAUGCAAUGCAAAUACGCGUACAAGGAAUGCUACAACGACCGCACCCAGAAGCGAGAUGGGGGCCUCCAUCGCCUGUGUGAAGCCCACCGCAACAAAGCAAAUGCUUUACAAAAGACCUACGCGACCAAACGACGCAGGGAACUGCGAGCGCAGAAGCGCCACGUGGUCAGCUCCAAGCUGGGGACGAUCCAGCCAAUUCCAAUUGCUUAUCCCGGCGGUUUGGCGAUCACUGCCAGCGUGGACAAGGACGACAAGCUGCGAACGCAACGACGUACGUUCGUUUAUGCUGAUUGGGACUACUUGUUCUUCGGCGACAACUGCGACAUGGAGCUCAUUGACAGCCAGUCGGACGUCGAAGCUUUCUCUGACGACGAAGUGGCCUACUUGAAUGGCGUGCUGUAGCGACCCCAUUAUGGAGUAACAGUUGUAGCACGUCGUAUUUAUCAGCGA